AUGCCGCCUCGACGUGGCACUCCUGCUCUCAGUUCUUUGAGCCCCCAGGAUGCCACAGUGCAUUCUUCUUCUACCCCCUCCUCUCCCGCCUACUUGCAAUUUCCUCAAGCACGUUCUAAUUCUCCAUCUGGGUUUGCUCAUCUCCUCUCCAAGCCUUCAAGAUGGUUCCGAAAGCCAUCUGAUCCACGCUUGGCGUCGGGUGCAAGUGAACCUCGAAGCAGCACCAGCUCAGUGGCCGUACGCAAGCCGAAGAUAUCCCGCCCCACAGACCCACGCCCCAUUUUUCAAGGUUUCCAACCGGAGCCCCGCGUUAGCGAUGCGAGCAAGUGA